CCGAGGCGGAGGGAGGGCACAGGGUGUGCAACCCGCACGACGGGCGCAGGGUGGAAGAGCCCCUCUCCUCGGCCUGCCCAACCCCGGGUCGCGGCCCCUUCUCCGGACGGCGUCUGUGUGUGUCCUGAGGUCGCAGAGGAGGCCAGCAUUCAAGCCCCUGUUUUCUAGCGGAAAGGGCAGUUAUUCACCAACCCCCCUCAGUUUGCAAAUUCUGUGGUUUAACCGGGAUAUAAAAAUAGAAAGCCUAGUGCGGCCGAGCCGGUUAAUAAACCAGAUUUGUAGCCUGAGUAUUCUAAUCUCUAAAGUUAAUGGUAGUGUUAGGGUUAAAUUUUAUUGAUCUGUUAAUUCAAGGGCAUAUACCCUCCUAUCAUUAUUCCCCCGUCCUACAAUCAGAUCAUGUUUGAUCUGUAUCAUAAAAUUGAAUACACAUUGUUGGCCAUAUUUCCCUUUUUAAAAAUGUUUAUCGCAGUAUAUUCUGAGCGUUUUGAGAGCUGAAAUUGAUCUUUUCGCUUCUUUUGUGUGUCUGCUGUCUGACAUGUUUUUGAGCACAUGGAAAGAAAAGAUUACUCAAAGAAACUCUGAAGGACAAUACCCAGUCAUAGUGAACUUUUUGAUAAGCUGUUUCAGCCCAGAAUGGCUGUGGAAAACAGAGCAGUUUCAACCCUGGUACUUCAGAAUCCUCAGGAGCAAGAACUGAUACUAGUGAAAGUAGAAGAAAGCCUUUCCUGGGGUCAGAAAUUAAAGCAAAAUGGGAGUACCCGAUCCUGCCAAGAAUUGUUUCGCCAGCAAUUCAGAAAGUUUUGCUACCAGGAGACCCCUGGGCCCCGGGAGGCCCUGAGCCGACUCCAAGAGCUUUGCUAUCAGUGGCUCAUGCCAGAGAUGCACACGAAGGAGCAGAUCCUGGAACUGCUGGUGCUGGAGCAGUUCCUGAGCAUCCUGCCUGAGGAGCUGCAGAUCUGGGUUCAGCAACAUAGUCCAAAAAGCGGCGAGGAAGCUGUGACUCUGUUGGAGGAUUUGGAGAGGGAAUUUGAUGAUCCAGGGCAGCAGGUCCCAGCUAGUCCACAAGGACCAGCAGUACCAUGGAAGGAUUUGACAGGUCUUGGAGCAUCUCAAGAGUUAAACAUCCAAUUCCAACCUUUAAAGAAACAGCUGAAACCCUGGGAACCUUGCAUUUCCUCCCAGAGUGAUUGCAAGAAUAGUGACUCAGCGACAAAGAAGCACAUUUCCGGAGAAAAAUCAGGACUUCCCCAGGAACCUUCAUUCAGAGGAGUCAGUGAACACAAAAGCAGUUCAGAGUGGCAGCAAGGAAGUGCUGCAGAGGAGAAAUUAGGAGGAUCGCCUCCCCAAGGAAGCAGUUUUAGUCAAGUCAUCUUUACACACAAAUCUCUAGGGAAGACAGACCAUCAUGAGCCUCAGAGAAGCUUGAUUCUAAGUACAAACUCUAUAACAUAUCAGAAAGUUCCUAGAGAAGAGAGACCUUAUAGAUGUGACGUAUGUGGGCACAACUUCAAACAGCAUUCCUCUCUUACACAACAUCAGAGAAUCCAUACCGGAGAAAAGCCUUAUAAAUGUAACCAGUGCGGGAAGGCCUUUAGUUUAAGGUCUUAUCUUAUUAUUCAUCAGAGAAUUCAUAGUGGUGAGAAAGCAUAUGAAUGUAGUGAAUGUGGGAAAGCCUUCAAUCAGAGCUCAGCCCUCAUUAGACAUCGGAAAAUUCAUACUGGUGAGAAAGCUUGUAAGUGUAAUGAAUGUGGCAAAGCAUUCAGUCAGAGUUCCUAUCUCAUUAUCCAUCAAAGAAUUCACACUGGUGAGAAACCCUAUGAGUGUAAUGAGUGUGGGAAAACCUUUAGCCAAAGCUCAAAGCUUAUUAGACACCAGCGAAUUCAUACAGGAGAGAGACCUUAUGAGUGCAACGAAUGUGGAAAAGCUUUCAGGCAGAGCUCAGAGCUGAUAACCCAUCAGAGAAUACACAGUGGAGAGAAGCCCUAUGAAUGUAAUGAGUGUGGAAAAGCCUUCAGUUUGAGCUCAAACCUCAUCAGACAUCAGAGAAUUCAUAGUGGAGAGGAACCUUAUCAGUGUAAUGAAUGUGGCAAAACGUUCAAAAGGAGCUCAGCCCUUGUUCAGCAUCAAAGAAUCCAUUCUGGGGAUGAAGCUUAUAUAUGUAAUGACUGUGGGAAAGCUUUCAGGCACAGAUCAGUCCUGAUGCGCCAUCAGAGAGUCCACACUGUGAAGUAACUUGUGAAUACAAUGAAUAUUGUAAAUACUUCAGUCAGAUUUAUAUCUUUGUUAGUCAAAAGGGUUUACUUUGGAGUGAGCAAGACUCCUUGAAGGUUGUCAACUACUAGGUCUGCAGUCAGUCUAACUUUAUGCAGCACUUUCCCUGUGCUCGUGCAAGUUGUUCUUUGAAAGUUCUUCCUGUCACUAGUCAGAACAGCAAAUGGAAGAACCGUUGCCUCCAGCUUUUCUCUCACCGUUAGAAAUACUCAGGAAAUACGGAAACAUGGGACUAUAACAAUGAAACCUCAUUUUCCAUGAGAAUGGCAUGAAGAGGGUCCAGCAACCCAGGCUCUGAUGCUGCAUCUGAUGGCUGGUAUGCCAGGUUUGGGGGAUGGUGUGGACAGGACGAGGGACAUUUUGAGGAAUUCAAGAAUUUUACUGAUCAAUUAAGAACAGUGACAAGCCAGCAAGACAGAUGUGGAAAUGGUUUCAUCAGUGACUGAACUGAGCCCAGGGCAGGCCAGAAAUGAGAUAGAAAAAUACAAAUUAAUUUAUCCAACAGUUAUUUUUUUGAUUGCCUGCUCUGUGCCAAAAACUAGGGAUACAAUGAAAAAAUAAAGACAAUCUUACAGUUUAAAGGACAGGGCAAACAGGCAGUGACCCUGGUAUGGUCAAUGCUAUGUGGCAUUAAGGAGAACCUGACCCAGCCCUGGGUAAGGGAAGGCUUCUGAGAAGAAGGAUGAGUGGGAGGCAGGCUGGCCAGGGAACACCAUUCCCAGUAGAGGGAACAAUAGACAACGGCCAGGAAGAAAGUCUGGCACAUCUGAGAAAUUAAAAGGCCGCUUCGUGGGGAGCAUUCCUGUAGAGUACCUUCUGAAGUGGAAUCAUGUCUGAGAAGCAUGGAUGUAGCCAGAAUCUCAAGCAGUGCCUAUAGUAAAAUACUAGCCAGUGGAGCGGGUUCUGAUAAUAGACGAAACCUGGAGUCCUUGGACCAUGGGGUGGUGAGGCGUUUUGUCUUGGUCUGGCGUCACCCCUGGGAGAGGGUUAAUACGUAGUCUUGCCCACCCUGUAGGCUAGGCUAGACCUUCCGUGGGGAUAGGGGGUCAGAAGGAGCCCAGCCUAGAGGUUAAGAGUGAGUUCUAAAUCUCCCUCUCCCAGACAGGGCUGGUUCUUAAGACAAUCAGAACAGCUGUCAGCUUGCUCCUAACUCCCAAGGCUCUGGGUCAGAAGUUGCUUUGGUUUCUGGGGCUGUAUCCCACCGUUCUAGUGCACCCCUUGGGCUCAGGUGCUAAAAAAUAUUCGUCAGUUGCUUGGUCUGUAACUUAUUCAGGCAUCUCGUACAUAUUCAGUUUUGUCUCUUAGCAGCAGUAUUUCAUAAUCUUGUGAAUUUUGUUAAAGACAGUGCUAAAGGGAAGUGACAACAGAAGUAAUAAUCAUGGUCCAUCCAGAGACUUCUCUCUUCUGAGGGAUCCAGCAGAAAAAGUAUCCCUAGACUAGCGUCUCAGUGCAACGUGGAAAGGUAUAUAGGCUAGUCAACAACAGAAAAACAUUACUCAAACUACCUAAUAGGUCGGAAUUACAACACACCAGCAAUACAAAUCUAUGGGAAUCUAGAAUCCUGUGCAUAGGAAAAGAGCCUUCAUAAGGAUAGAAAAGUAGCACUUCUGCUGGGCAUAUACAGAUGAGCAUGUACUACCCAGUAAGAGGGGCAGGAGGGCUAAAUGCCUAUGUAACAAAAAUAAAUGGUUAGAGCCUUUCAACUCUUACUUUCCUCUUCCACAGAGACCCACACUAACAAGGGUAGGACAAAUGUUAAGUAGGAAUUGAUAUAUGUUACAAAAGGGAGAUAUUCUUUAGAGAAUUCUUAAAUGGUAAGAAUCAUACUGGGUACUUAUUAGGGCUUGUAUGUAUGUAUUAGUUAUUUCUCAGACAGCCCGUAUUUUGCAGCUGAAGAAAUGAAGGUUUAGAAUCAUGGUUUCCUCAGUGUCAUAGCUAAAAAGUGUGAGGUUAGACUUUGAACCCAGGCAGUAGGAAUUUAGAAUCCUUCUGUGGAGCCACUUCUCUAUACUGUCUCCCCAUGAAAAAGUCCCAAUAAAAAAAGUGGUUCUUAAAUAGGCAAAUCACAAAAGAAUACAUGCCAAUGGACAAUAUGUGUUCAGCUUUGCUAGAAUUAAAAGUGUAUUAAAGCAAGAGUUGAGAAGGCACUUUUUUCCUUCAUGAAAUUAACAAAAAUUCAGGGAAAUUGGGACUCUAAUAUUGUCAAUGAGAUGUGAAUAGAUACUGUCUGGCAAUACCAGAAGCCUUAAACAUUGCCUUUUGACUUUCAAAUUCUACCUGGAAAUGUAUGCUUCAGAAAUCAUCAUGAAUGUAUAAAAAGUCUCAAAAGCUGUUAAAAGUGAUGUUGACUAAUAAUAAAUGACAAAGCAUUCAUAUCUUAAGUAAAAAUAACAAUGCACAAUAUGAUAUGUAAAAAUAUAU